AUGAUGGAGAUGAUUGUAUCAGGCACCAACCGGGGGAGGCGGCUUUUGUCCCCUGCCGACCGCAAUGUGCGGCCCAUGAUGAAGAUGGUGCGGGCGGCGGUGUUCGACAUGUUGCACGCGCUGCUGGACUCGCCGCACCGCCUGCCGCCCGGCUCCUGCUGGCUGGACCUGUACAGCGGCACGGGGAGCGUUGGAUUGGAAGCGAUGAGCCGAGGGUGCGGACAGCACUGGAAGGCAUGCAACUUGCGCUGGCUGGAUCUGUACAGCGGCACGGGGAGCGUGGUGAGGGCAGGCACACUUCGUGGAGAUGGAUCCAUGGGUCGUAUCAUCCGUGCUCUCCCCUAA